UAUAGCACCCCGUUGCCACGGUCUUCUUCGUUUCAGCUGAAGCACAGGAGGAAUUGACUCGACGUAGCCCUAGCUCUCCAGUCUUUGACCAGACUCGGCCGUGUUAGGCUGACGAUCGACUCCCAACGUAUAAUAUAAUUGUAUAAAUAUAAACAAUAAGAUUCGUUACGCAUCAGGUAAAUAGUAUACACUCGAAACUGCGACUCACGGUAUACAGAGGAUUCGAAGAGAUUCACUCGUUCGUUCGCAGCGUGCGCGGAGAUAACAUUCAUUGAAGUAAGAAAGAAGAGAGAAAAAAAAAACCAAAAAAAAAACCAAGAAGAGAAACAAAUAGAACCAUGACUCGUGACAUUGCCGCAAUAUUUUUGUUGGGUACAAUUCUGAUCUGCGUAUCCGGAGCCCCGACGACCUACGACCAGAGGCAAGACGGGGAUUUAAAUUUUUCGGCUAAAUUGGAGAAUAUCAUGGUGGUGAUAGCGACCCCGUCGAAACGACCUACGGUUUCCUCGGCUGUGGCCGACGAGAUCGCCGCAUAUUUGACCUUGGUUCAAACCGGCGAAGAUUUACUUCCGGGGAAACAUGCUUCGAAGAAAGAUCUGCUGGUAGUCGUCGAUUCUCAGGAGGGUUCUCAACGCGUCAAAGAUACCGAGGACUCUUCGGAGACGAACGAUAACGAAGCUGCGGUCGGGAAGCCCCAGAAACCUGCGGAACAGAGGACAGAAAUAUCAGCGGCAGCCGCACCAGCGUCGGCGGAAAAAUUAGAUUCUAAUAAGGAAUCCGACGAAGUUGUUCGCGUCGAAGGGACGGGUAAACCAAAAGCUAGAAAUUUAUGGAACGAUAUAGGAGACGUGUCACCGGAUGAUCCGCAAUUGGGAGGCUCGUUGAAGAAGGAACUCGCGCUUCAGGGACUCGAGGAUCUUCAGGGCACCGAUUCGGCCCCCGGCGAAGAAAGACAAAAUCUGCCCAACGACCAUAACGAAGUUGGACUGCUUGGAAACCACCAUCACUACACUCUCCUGGGAACCGGCAUCGAAGAUUGUGGUCCGUACAGACGCCGAAACAGUUACGGCAUCUGCCAACCAAUUUCUACGGAGUAAAAUUAUACACGUAUAAAUUGUAACCCGAAGAUAAAAUUCUAAAAAGAAAAAAAACAAAAAAAGAACAAAAACAGUAAAUCGCUCAUCAAGUUUACAUAAUGCCUAUAAUGUAUGUUCCUUUCGGAUAAUUAUGAGUAUCAUAUGUAAUUUAUGAUUCACGAAUGUUGUUGAUAUAAAUAUAUAUAUUUCUUAUAUUCUUCA